AUGGGUCAGACUUUGUCGGAACCUGUGGUCGAAAAGGUCUCCACUGAAGGUGGAGAUGAGAACUGCUAUUAUGGCAUCUCCUCUAUGCAGGGCUGGCGUAUAAGCAUGGAAGAUGCCCACGCCGCCAUCCUCGACCUUCAGGCAAGAUAUACCGGUACCGAGGACAAAUCAACCGACCCAGAACAUCGCCUAGCCUUCUUCGGAGUUUACGACGGUCACGGUGGAGACAAGGUCGCACUUUUUACAGGAGAAAACUUGCACAAGAUUGUGUCCAAGCAGGAUGGUUAUGCCAAGGGAGACAUUGAACAGGCCUUGAAGGAUGGCUUCUUGGCCACCGACCGUGCAAUCUUGGAAGACCCAAAAUAUGAGGAGGAAGUGUCUGGCUGCACCGCCUCAACUGCAGUUAUCUCCAAGAAAAAGAUCUGGGUGGCCAACGCCGGUGAUUCCCGUUCAGUUCUUGGUGUUAAGGGCCAUGCGAAGCCUCUGUCCUUUGACCACAAGCCGCAAAACGAUGGCGAGAAGGCUCGCAUCACCGCUGCAGGCGGCUUUGUCGACUUUGGCCGUGUAAACGGUAAUCUGGCUUUGUCCCGUGCCAUUGGUGAUUUUGAAUUUAAGAAGAGCCCCGAGCUGUCUCCCGAACAACAAAUCGUGACUGCAUACCCCGACGUGACCAUACAUGAUGUAACCGAGGACGAUGAGUUCCUUGUGAUCGCUUGCGACGGUAUCUGGGACUGCCAGUCUUCUCAGGCCGUAGUUGAAUUUGUGCGCCGAGGAAUUGCCGCCAAGCAGGAACUGUACCGAAUUUCCGAGAAUAUGAUGGAUAACUGUCUGGCUUCUAAUAGCGAGACUGGCGGUGUCGGAUGCGAUAAUAUGACUAUGACUAUCAUUGCACUGCUUAACGGCCAGAGCAAGGAGGAUUGGUACAACAAGAUCGCGGAGCGGGUUGCGAAAGGAGACGGACCUUCCGAAUUCCGCGGCCCCGGGAUUCAGAACCAAUUUGAGGACACGCAAGAUUUCAACGACUCCGAGAUGCAGCGAUCGCGUGCCUUGGGCAUGCGCUCCGGUCGCAUCAUUCUUCUUGGAGAUGGCACCGAAUUUAUCCCUGAACAAAACGAGGCUGAAUUGUUUGACAAUGAAGCCCAUCAACUUGAAUUUGAGCCUGCACACGGACAAGGCCGUGAGGCCACUCCUGGUCCACAAGGAAAGCAGGAGCAGGGAAAGCAGGAGGCUGCGCAAAUAUCCGAGUCUCCGGCCUCCACUGAUGAUAAAGAGAAGUCGACGACCUCUUAG